UCCAAGUUCAUGUUGCGCACGCAUACGCUUCCGCUUUCUCUCUUUCUCUUUCUCUCUCCCGCCAUGGCUAAUGGCGACCGAGAAGACGCUCCACACAAAUCCAGAAGCAUUUCAUCUCCACAAGGUUUGAUAAACUUGUAGCUGAGUGAGUUUUUUUUUAUCACAACUCAUCAAUGGGGAAGAACCUGCGUCAGAAAGUUACUUGCUCCCCAAUCCAAAACCAUCCUGGAUUCAUGUGGGGACUAUUUGACAUUCUUAAGCACAACCAUUGGCGUUACAUCAAGAAACGACUUCCUCACAAAAGACCCAUUGGUAGAAGAAGUGCUGGUAACAAAUUGUGCCUUGUAACAAAAAGCGAAGUAAAUAACACAAUUCCACCACCAGGUGGUAUUCCCGUAUCCAAGAGCAAGGUGGAAGAUAAAACAAAUGUAGACUCUGGGCAAAGACCAAAGAAGCCUAGCUCUUCAGUAAAGUCCAAAGAGUCUAACUCAGGGGAGAAAACAAAAAGGCAGCAUAGUUCAGAGGAGAAGUCCAAGAAACUCAAUUCGGAAGAGAAGUCGAGAAGAACGCAUUCAGAGAUCAAACGGUCUGUGAAAGCUUUGAUUAAGGCACUUGUAGUAGAGGACAAGUCUAAGAGGAAAGGUCGCCAUCACAGAAGCUCUACUUAUCCUGUCCAGUCAAACCCAAAAGAGAAGGAGUCACUGAGUGAGGUAGAAUCUUCCGAUAAGGAUGCCUCAAACGGUGAUGAGCGCAACAGAGUCUUUAACAAGGCGGCUGGCAUUUCACCGGCGAUUGGUUCGUUGAACCCACUUUAUCUCAUGUCCGAGGAAUCAAGCAACAGUGACAGCGAAGAGUUUAGGGUAGAGAACACUCGAGUUGGUGAUACUGAUGAAAAUAAAUCAGAUUUUGAUGAAAGUGAUUCCAAGAAGAAGGAGAAGAACGAUGAGGAGGAAGCUUGGUUUGAUCCAAAGUUGAGACAUGCUAAGGACUUCUCGGAGACUGAAGAUGAUUCAUCGCCUAGACGGUCAAAAGCUUGUCUUGAUGCUCUCAAUCUGAUACACAUGAAUAGAAACUUCUUGUUAAAAGUUUUGCAGGAUCCUGGUUCUCCACUAGCCCGGCAUUUCCAGAGCCAACAAGCUUUUAGUUCCAAAACAAUGGCUAAAGCCGGAUCCUUUCCUACACAUGGUAGCAAUAGAGAGGAUCAUAACAAUGGUUUUGACUCGGUGCAAGAUAUCGAAAAAAAAUCAACAUCUCCUUCCAUAGCUGCACAACACAGAGCAGAUGGGAUACAGAAGUUAAACGAAUCAAUGGCGAAAUUUGCUGAUGAAGAUUCAUCUGGUUCUGGUUACACGAGGAAGCGAGGAAAGAACCAAGUGGUGAUCAAACGUUUCAAGGAUCUAAGACAGAAGAUAAAGCAUGUGAUUAACGAGAACAAGAACGAGAAACACCGUAUCACUAUGGAUGCUGUCUUAGACAAAGUGCCCCGAAAGUAUGGAUUUUCGAAAGAUUUAAGACACGACGUCUUCGCCCACUUGAAAGUAACUUCUGAAACUAAGAACAACAAAGCAGAAGGCACAAAAAUGAAGCAAAUAAAAAGAGCUUCAUCGCUGUGUGGAUCACUUGAUAGAUAUCUUCAGCUGUAUGAAAGUAGCUUCCAAAGAGAAGAAAAGAACAACAAUACUUCAGAGACAUCAAAGGUGGAGUCUGAGGAAUCGGCGUUGCCUUCUAAAAGAGUUCCUAAAAUCUUGGGAAGGAUUCUUUCAUCACCUGAAAUGAAAUCUUCUUAUGCUUUGAAGAUUGAGGAUCUUCCUAGACAAUUCAUAACUUCAAGUAGAUCAAUCGAGCAAGAACAAGAUUGUUUGGAUGACAUUCCGGAGAUCCCAGAAGAUCACUCUCAGUCUUCAGAUGAAGUGCCAGAGACUACAGCGGAUCCAUCUUCUGACGCAGAAAAUCCUACUUUGAUGACCGAGACAGAACAAAACAGAGAAGUCUCUAUGCUUGAUGCUGAAGGGGAAACAAAAUAUUUGAACGAAUCAUCAAACGACAGUCUUACUUUUGAUGAAAAUUCUUCUGAAUCUCACAUCCCACGAGAUUUGGAGAUACAACACGAUCCAGACACAGAGACUGUUUCAAGAAGCAAACAAUUAGAAAUCAUAACAGCAGCAGCCAUAGACGAAGUCCUCCAGAUAGAAGCACAAGACAAAGUGAAAUUUAACUAUGUAAGAGACAUUCUGGAGAUCUCAGGUUUCAACGCACCUGAAUCGCUCUCAAUGUGGCAAUUAGAUUACCAGCCGCUAGAUCCAUUAGUCUACGAAGAAGUGGCAACAACAACAGGAUGUAUGAUCCAAGAUCCAGAAUGUUCAAGAUAUGAAGAAGAAGGUGGUAGCUGCAACCACUUGCUUCUUUUCGACCUAAUCAACGAGGUACUAAUAGAAAUCUACGAGAAGUCUUACCAUUACUAUCCCAAACCGUUAUCAUCGCUGUGUAGAAUCCAUCCAAUGACCGUGGGAUAUAGUGUUUUGAAAGAGGUUUGGGUUAGAAUAAGCUGUUACUUGCGUUACAAGCCACAGGAUGAGCAAUCGUUUGAUAAGAUUAUGAGUAGGGAUUUGUCGAGGGAGGAUGGUUGGAUGGAUUUGCAGUUUGAGAGUGAAUGUGUCGGGAUUGAAGUUGAGGAUUUGAUCUUCGAGGAGCUUCUGGAAGAAUUGCUUGUAGCGGGUUAAGAGGGCAUUCAAGUACUCAAAUCAUUUCUUCAUUUUUGUUUUUGUUUUUUUUAAUUCUUUUUUGGGGUUGUUGUUGUGGUUGUUUUGCUUGGAGUUUAAGGUACAUACAAGAGAAAACAUGGUGUUUGUAUGAGGUUUUUGUUCUGGUUGUGAGUUCAGGAGUUGUGUGUAAAAGAGAUUGUAGUGGAAAUAGUGUGUUAAAAGAAAAGUGGGAUAUAUUUCUAAAAAUCAAUUUCAAAUUUUCAAUUGUUGUAGAAGUGGGGG